GUGAGAGAGAGAAAGCGAGAGAGCAGUACAGAGAGAUCGCUAUCACUCGAAUUUAUUACUGUAAACAUCUCCCUGGGGUUUCAAGGGGAAAAGGCAAGUCUUACAUUGGCAGUAAACAUUCAGGAACAAGCCGUUAUGGCUGGGGAAGUGGAGCGCGGUCUCAGGAAGUGCGCGUUCACUGUUUCGGGCGACACACCGGGAAGAAGUGGGAGCGACGAGUCUCUUCCAGCGCUCUGCCUAAUGUAAUCCUUUAAUCUCUCUGAAGGGAGCGGAGCGCGGAGGGUGAGGGACCGAGGCGGCAGCGCCGGAGUGAGAAGCGCGGACGGAGCGCUCCCCUCCCUCGGACGGAGCAAGCAUGUUGCCUGGGAGAGCAGCCGCCCGCAGGGAUCACGGAACCGACCCGUCCGCUCAGGACAGAACGCAUCUUGGGCAGUGGGUUUUGGCACAUACCCUGACCGCAUGAGGGACCGAGGGAGGAAAAGGAAAAGUAUUCAGUAUGAUAAAAGGAUAUGCCAUGGAGGGGGUUAAAGCCGCUCCCGAAAAGGUCUCUGGAUCCGGAUGUCAGGUCAGAGGGGGCCUGCCCCCGUCGGGGCCCGCCUGCGUGUGACGAGGGAACGACAGUCCUCUCCCCCCCUGCGUGGUGCUGCCUGCUGUUAAAUUGGCCCUCGCCGGGCUGAGAGAAAAAUGUGAUGAGCUCCGCUAUCAUCAGAUACCCCGGCAUGGAUAAAGCCAGGCUGAGGGGCCUAGCCACUUAACGAGACCACAGCUCCUCCACUUGGGAUGAGUAAUUACUGCAGGAUUACCCCGAGACUUCCUCAACACAGUGCACUUACCGCCAACGCGAGCACUGACCUAAGGUCUUAAAGAACUUUUUUUCCUUCUCUUUUUUUUUUUCCUUUUUUGGAUUUUGUCCCAUUUGCUUUUUUUUUCUUCCCUCCUCGAUUGUCGCUGCUGUGUGGACCGUGUUCCCCCAGAGCCGAGACCACCUUUGCGCUAUGGAGUUACAGGCAAGACUGUGGAAUAAAGACGGGCCUGCUUUCCUGGGAUCUUGGAUAACGGUUCUGCUCAGCCUGCAGGUGCAGUUCAAUCGGGCCCUGGCGUGCCCGGAGGAGUGCCGCUGCGACCGGAUCUACAUUUACUGCAACGAGCGCAGCCUGACGUCAGUGCCUCUCGGAAUACAGGAGGGGUACAAGACCCUCUUCCUCCACAACAACCAGAUCAACAACGCUGGCUUCCCCCUGGAGCUGCACAACGUGGCCUCCGUGGAGACGGUCUACCUGUACGGCAACCAGCUGGACGAGUUCCCCCUGAACCUGCCCAAGAACGUGCGGGUGCUCCACUUGCAGGAGAACAACAUACAGACUGUGUCCCGCGCGGCGCUGGCCCAGCUGGCGCACCUGGAGGAGCUCCACCUGGACGACAACUCCAUCUCCACAGUAGGGGUGGAGGAGGGGGCCUUCCGGGAGGCCGUCAGCCUCAAGCUGCUCUUCCUGUCCAAGAACCACCUGAGCAGCGUGCCCAUCGGGCUCCCCGAGGACCUGAAGGAGCUGCGGCUGGACGAGAACCGCAUCGCCGUCAUCGCCGAGGAGGCCUUCCGCAAUGUGUCGCGGCUGGAGCGCCUCCUGCUGGACGGCAACCUGCUGACGGACGAGGGCAUCGCGCUGGGCACCUUCCGGGACCUGGUCAACCUCAGGGAGCUGUCCAUGGCGCGCAACUCCCUGACAGUGCCGCCGCCCAUGCCGCCUGGGGCCUUCCUGCAGAGGUUGAGCCUGCAGGACAACCAGCUGACCCACAUCCCCGUGUCAGCCUUCUCCCACCUCCAGCAGCUCCAGAAGCUGGACAUCUCCAACAACCAGCUGCAGUCCCUGACGCCGGGGGUCUUCGACGGCCUCAUAGGCCUGAGGCAGCUGACGGUCCGCAACAACCUGUGGCACUGCGACUGCGGCAUCAGGUGGGUCAUCAUGUGGCUGAAGACCCUGCCUUCGACGCUCAACGUGCGCGGGUUCAUGUGCCAAAAGCCGGAGCACGUGCGGGGCAUGGCCAUCAGAGAGCUCAACCUGGACGUGAUCCAGUGCCCGCACGGCGCCCCCUCCUGGCCGGGUCCCACGAAGCUGCCCACGCGCCCGCAUCUCAUGACCGGCCCCACCUUUGCAACCUCGCCACCAUCAGACACGCCCCCAUCCACGACUCUGUCUCCACUGCCACCCGAGCCCACAGCAGAAACUGAGGGCAGGCCCGCCCCGCCACCUCCACCGCGCCCCCCGCACCCCCCGCGCCCCCCGCACCCAGACCCCCUGGAGAUCUCCUUUCACGUGGUGAAUGGCACCUGCAUCCGGGUGACCUGGAGCUCCGCCUUCCCCGUCACUGCCUACAAGGUGUCCUGGGUGAAGAUGGGGCAGAGCCUGAUGGGUAACGUAGUGCAGGAGCGGACUGUCAGCGGCGACCGUCAGACGCUGGACCUGCUCAACCUGGAGCCCAGGUCCACCUACCGCAUCUGCGUGUACAUCUUGGACAGCUUCAACAGCUACCGCCCGGGCGACGACACCAUCUGCUCCGAUGCCACCACCAAAUCCGCCUCCUUCGGGUCCAACAACAAGGCGGGCGGCCCCGAGCAGGCCACGCAGCAGAACGGCAGCUCCCAGAUCCUGCUGGCCGGCCUGAUCGGAGGCGCCGUCGUCGUGGUCCUGGUGGUCCUGCUCAGCGUCUUCUGCUGGCACAUGCACAAGAAGGGGAGGUCCUCGUCCAAGUGGAAAUACAACCGGGGCAGGAGGAAAGACGACUACUGCGAGGCAGGCACCAAAAAGGACAACUCCAUCCUGGAAAUGACUGAAACCAGCUUUCAGAUCGUCUCCCUCAACAACGAACAGCUCCUGAAGGGGGACUUCCGGAUACAGCCCAUAUACACCCCCAACGGGGGGCUGGGCUUCGGAGACUGCCACCUCAGCAACAGCAGCAUAGCGUACUGCAAAAGCAACGUUCCCAACGCUGACUGCUACCACACAUGACGGCUUCGCAGGACACAUUAGAGCCUUUGUAAUGAGAAUAUCCUUCACU